CGGCGUUUCGCGCGGAAUUCGGUCCUUUUAAUCGAACGUUCUCUUCGCGGGAAAAAAAAUCAUACCAGGUAGCAACAAGAAGGGGGGAAAGAGACCACCAGCUAACGAUCGGACAAAAUUAUUGGCGUGUGUAACAGUUCGCCUGCCGCUGGAGCACGGUGAUGUUUUUCCACUCUAUUGUUGACAGAGGAGUGGGGAGACGGAGGCAGAACGCCUUCCCUGCAGAUCUGUGUUCCAAGAUCCCUUUGGGCUCGCUGCUGGAAAGCUACCAGUGCACCCGGCAUGACGAGCACAUCUCCUACGGCAACACAGGAGACACAGUGCCGCCAUUUGGGCUGGCUUUCUCCACUGCUGGAAACAUGCCCAACGUCCUCGCAGCAGCUAACGAAGAAGGCAUUGUUAGGAUCUAUAACACAGAAAGUCGUGAAAACCCUCUUCUUAAAGAAUGGCUGGCUCACGAGAACGCCGUCUUUGACAUUGCGUGGGUGCCGAGGGAACCUCAGCUGGUGACUGCUGCAGGGGACCAGAUGGCCAGACUGUGGGAUGUGAAGUCUGGGGAACUGCUGGGAGGCUUUAAAGGCCACCUCUGCAGCCUCAAGUCGGUUGCAUUUGCACCAGGAGAGAAAGCUGUUUUCUGCACUGGGGGCAGAGAUGGAAAUAUUAUGGUCUGGGAUAUCAGGUGCAGCCAAAAAGAUGGUUUUUACAAGCAGGUGAAACAGAUCAGUGGCGCUCAUAACAAAUCUGAGACAAAUUCCUCAUCUAAAGUGAAGAAAAAAAGGAGCAGCAUGCGUGGCAUGGCUCCGAGCGUGGAUACCAAGCAAAGUGUUACAGUGGUGUUAUUUCGGGAUCAGCACACACUCAUCUCUUCGGGUGCUGUUGACGGUGUUAUAAAGAUGUGGGAUUUGAGGAAGAACUACACAGCUUACCAUCGUGACCCUGUGCCUAUGCAGAGCUAUCCAUAUGCUGGUUCUUCCACUCGGAUGAGACUGGGCUACUCUGGACUUGUUCUGGACUCUACCAGGUCCAACAUCAUGUGUAACUGCACAGAUGACAACAUUUACAUGUUCAGUGUCUGUGGAAUAAAGACGAAUCCAGUGGCCGUUUUCAGUGGACACCAGAACUCCUCGUUCUAUAUCAAGUCCACGAUCAGCCCUGAUGACCAGUUCUUGGCCAGUGGAUCCAGUGACAAUUACACCUAUAUUUGGAAGAUCUCCGAUCCUCAGCAUCCUCCCGUGAUGCUCCAUGGACACAGUGAGGAAGUGACCUCUGUCGUGUGGUGUCCGACAGAUUUCACUAAAAUUGCUUCCUGCUCCGACGACCACACCAUACGGGUCUGGAGGCUUCGUCGGGAAACGGAUGGCACACAGUCACCAGUGGGUGAAGCCAACCUCAUAGGCUGGGCACGUCCCAAAUCUCCCACAAUGCCUUUAGCCAGAGCUGCAACGUCCCCUGUGAAUACCCAGAAGACGCCAAGUCUCGGCGGCCUCGCCUCGCCACAGCUCGCUGCCUGUGCCCCUAACAGAGCCGCCCUGCCACUACCUUCCAGCACCACGUCGCCGAGCAGCUUUGUCCCACUUCCCGCUCAGCAGAGAACAUCUUCUAUCCAGCAGUGGUUAUCCCCGAUCCAUGGAUCUCAGAGUCGGGUCAACGCCACUACUCCACCACACCAAGUGCUGAGGCCGUGUCCUCUGAGCCCAGCGAGUGGCGCCUCUCCCACGCAGCGACGGGCCAAACGCAGAUUGGAAACAGGUGAAAGUUCACCUUGCAGCUGCGUGGACGCAGCACAAUGCGAGUGUGUUUCAGAACUCAACCCUGCAUCUAAAAGGAGCCACGUCCUGUCUGAUGUACACUGCCUCGCUCAGGAGAGCGCAGUAGAGAGAGACUGUCACGCAGACGACAGCGAACCAGUUACCUCCAGGCAGGCUGGGAAGGAGAACUGGUUUCCUAGAGCAGGAAACUGGUUGUCAGAAAUGGGUCAAAAAAUGAAAAAAAGUCAAGGUGGUCCUAGUGCACAUAAGAAACAAGAGGAGAAGACACCAACCUCAGCAAUUCAUCGGUCACCAAAAACCAAGAAAAUCUCCACAUAUUUUGCAAAAGGGCCUCAGGAAUGAUCUGUUUGAGCCACAAAUGUGCCACAAUUUUUUAUUAUGUUUUUUAUUUUUAUCUGGUUGCACAGAUGUCAGCCAAACAUAAUUUUUUUUUUAUAACUGAUUAUUUGUUUCUGGCAGUAAUUUUGGAAUGGGCUGACACACUGGUACCACUGAGACAGAAAUCUGCUGCCUGAAAAUAUCUCAUCUUCUGAGAAAUAAAUGAGCAUUUAGGUAAAUCUGCCAGUGUAUUCAAUUGUAAUAAUCGCAAGAGAUACACAAGCUGCUACUUAAAGUGCUAAUUUGAUUUGUUUAAAAACUUUUUCAAUGGAUUUCUUAUUCAUUUUGCUAAAUAUUUGUACUAGACGUGUUGUUUCUUUUUUAUAAGAAAAGUUGAAUUUUGAUUGACAUAUGUUCUUUAUCAUAUGGACCUCAUGAUCUGAAAUCUGUUCAAUCAGCUCUUUUCAGUCUUUGAGGUUAUUCAUGCCUGUGUGUGUCUUAUACAAUGUAAAACUUUAUUCAGCAUGUUUUUGUUCCAUUUAUGAACAGAUGUAUAUAUGUACAAAAUAAUCAAAAACUGCUUUUUUUCUGGUUUAUAUUUCACUGAUGCACAUUUCAGUAUUCAAGUUUUAUUAAAUUUAAAAGUUUUCAA